AUGUUUGUUUCUUCUUGGACUGAGCCUCAUAUAAACCGUUACGGUGGAUAUGGUGUAGGUGGAUAUGGUGUAGGUGGAUAUGGUGUAGGUGGAUAUGGUGUAGGUGGAUAUGGUGUAGGUGGAUAUGGUGUAGGUGGAUAUGGUAAAGGUGGAUAUGGUAAAGGUGGAUAUGGUAAAGGUGAAUAUGGUAAAGGUGGAUAUGGUAAAGGUGGAUAUGGUGUAGGUGGAUAUGGUGUAGGUGCAUAUGGUGUAGGUGCAUAUGGUGUGUGUAGGUGGAUAUGGUGUAUGUAG